AUGUCGUCGACAGGAGCCCCCAAUGGCUCCAACGGGGACCACGCGCAAGCAGCUGCCUCGCCCAGGCCAUCGACAGCUGCAUCGGGACCACCACCAACACAACCGAUGCCCGCCGGUGCAACAGCUUCCGCGGCAGACUCGUCCGCGACAUCGACCCCCGAGCUCGACGUCCCGAAGCUCCAGUCUCUCCCCGCCGAACAACAGGAGCUGUUCCUCCUGACCUUUGUCUCGACCCUAUCCAAGCACGUCCUUAGCCUCCCCGCCGAUGACUGCACCGCCCAGCAGUUCUAUCUUAAGAAGGAGAUCUUUCAGAUCAUCAACCUUCCCUCGCCGCAGCCGAGCCGAGUCGUGAGGAACAACCUGGGAAAGUGCCUUGCCCACAUCUUUGGCCAUGGUGAUAGGAAGCUCCUCUUUGAGACCAUCAACGAUCUGAUCGGCAUCAUCUCGGGCGCCAAGUCCAAGGCCGAUGCUGGUCCGCGCAUUAAGCACGCCGCCGUCGCGUGUCUGGGAGACGUCUAUGUAUCCGCCGGCGACAGCGCCAUCGGCCUGCACCAGCUGGCAUGCGCCACGCUCAUCAAGCUUCUCAAGUCGUCGGCCAAUAAUGCCGGCCUCCGUGCCGCUGUCUUUGGAUCCCUGGCCAAGAUUGUGAAGAUGGUGGAGGGGAGCGUGGACGAGAACGUCGCCAGGGACAUCUUCAAGCAGUCGCGCAGCUAUGCCACUAGCGACAAGGGCUCGCUUGUCAUUGUUUCGGCUUGUCGGUGCCUGAGAACCUUGGUUCGGCACACGCCGUACUUUGAGAACUCUAGCGACUUUGAGAAACUGCAGGCUGCCAUCUGGAAGGUCACCGAUUCAUCGUCGUCGCAAGUGAGGCACGCCGCCGCGGAAGCGCUAGCCGAAGCCAUGGUGCGCGGUUAUUCAGAGACUGGAGUGGCGGAGGGCGCCCCCAUAGCAUCAAAAGCGUCCAAGAGGUUCUCCAAGAAGCCCCUCAAGCGCACAGGUACAGCGGCCAGCAUCGUUGCGGACGAUGACGAUCUGCCCAUUUCAAGGCCUGGAAGCCCUGCACCUGGCGGAAAGAGGACGCAAGACCUCGCGUUGUCUCUGACGGAAAUUCUCAAGAUUUUGUCAACGCAGUAUGCUAGGAUGCCGACAUCCAACAGGGCGAGAGCCGCCAUUGGCGUCUGCUUCGGCAAGGUGCUCAGAAAGCUCGGCGAGAAGACGGUGGAGGCGAAUUUCCUCAGGAUUCUCGAGAGCUUGACCAUCGACAUCUUGGGACAGCCCAACAUUCUCAACAACCGUUAUCGGCUUCUCAUUUCGAGGCGUAUCGUCAAUACGAUUCUCCAGGAUAUCAUUGGACAGAAGAUUCUGGGUGAGUCUGGUCAGACUGCAGCGGCCAAGUCGAUCAUCAACGACAUUCUUAAGAACUACCCCCAAGCCCUGACGGAGCGGCCCGAGCCUUCGAAGCAUACUCUCAUCGCGGCUCUCGGCGCGCUUGCGUCGCUGAUCAACAACCUAGGAUCCGCUGCGAACAACUUUGCCGAGUCCUGCCGGGACGGCCUAUUACAGGUUCUCCAACACCCUAGCUAUUCAGUCCAGGUGCACGCUUCGGCGUGCAUGAAGGCUUUCGUGCUGGCCUGCCCUCAGCAGCUUCUACCCUGCUUGUCGGUCUGCAUGAACAGCCUGAGCCGAGAGCUAUCUCUGUUGACGAGUGGCCGAAACUCUCCCCGACGAUGUGUAGGAUUCGCGCACGGUUUGGCGGCAACGCUGAGUGCCAGUCCGGCGCGACCUCUGCAUGGAUCCGUCGACAUCAACAGCCGCGUCCUGACCAUGGCCACCAACUUGUUGAAGUCGAGUGGGCAAUCUGAGUUAAGGGUCUCGAGUACUCAAAUCCAGGUCGCCUGGAUCCUGAUCGGUGGCUUGAUGUCGCUUGGGCCCAACUUUGUCAAGAUUCACCUUUCUCAGUUGCUCCUCCUGUGGAAGAAUGCGCUCCCGAAGCCGUUGUCAAAAGACAACACUGCGCACCGGAGUUUCCUCGAGGCUUCCUUCUUGACUCAUGUCAGAGAAUGUGCUCUAGGAUCCAUCCUCUCAUUCCUGCAGUUCAACAACCGCUUGUUGACCGUCGAUGUCUCCAAGCGCAUAGCAACGAUGCUCCAAAACACGUCCGCAUUCUUGCGAACGCUGCCUCCGAGAAAGACGACUGAAGACGUAGCACAAAGGCUGACGCCGGCAUUGCAGCUUCACGAUCUCGACAUGAUGGUGCAACGUCGAGUCCUGCAAUGCUACAUCAAGUUGGUCAACCUCAGCCCAGCUGGUGGCAGCGAGGCCCUUUUGCAAUCCAACCUUCUCACAAUUGCGAUAUCGCUGUUUGCGGACCCGGAAAACUAUUCGAUCAAUUCCCUCAGCGCAUCGAUCGCGAACGCUGCGGCCACUUUCGAGACUGUCUGGGAUGUUGGCGACAACUCUGGGUUCGGAAUCACAGGUUUGAUUUCUGGCUUCAAGAUCAAGGGCCUGCCCGGCCAGCAGGACAACUCGAUAGAGGGGACGCCGCUAGAGCAAGACAGCCCAGAAGAGGCCAUCGACAGGUUACUGCUAUCGCCAGUUUGCGGCACUUUGGAACAUGACGCAUCUCUUUUGUACGUCGGCGACACCACCUCGGAGCCGACAAACCCAGAUCCACCAGCCACCGAGGUCAUCAACAUGGCUAUUCAGCUUUUCGCGUUUGUAUUCCCGCUCACGCCCCCCAAAGUACAAGAGAGUGUUCUAGAGCAGGUUAGGACCUUCAUGUCGGCUGGUUCCCUUCUAAGAGACCCCGGAAGGAAGGCAGCCAUUAAUGUCAACGUCUCAGUUGCUGUCUUGUCGACGUUGCGGGUGGCUGUGAAGGAGACUCAAUCGUCGCCUGGCAACGUCACCAACCUAGCUGUAGAGAGGCUUCUCCAGGAUAUGCUGCGGGACUUCGUCAUCGACGGAGAUCAGUAUGUCCGGAGUGUCGGGUAUGCUGCGGUCGCAAGGCUUUGCAAUGCCUGUGGCAACGCCUUUACCAACCAAGAAAUCAAGUACCUCGUCGAUACUAUCGUCAGCAACCGAGAGCCAAGUGCUCGCGCCGGCUGUGCCAUGGCACUCGGAUCCAUCCAAACCAAGGUCGGUGGCAUGGCGGCGGGCUACCAUCUCAAGACUAUUCUCGGCAUUCUCAUGUCUCUCUGCAACGAUCCUCACCCUACCGUCCAUUUCUGGGCAUUGGAGGCACUCGCACUGGCAUCGGAUGCGGCUGGACUGAGCUUUGCCGGGUAUGUACCCAGCACGCUCGGAAUGCUGGCACAACUUUACGUCUCUGAUACGCAUCACCCGGAAAUUUCUUCUGCCAUUACGAUGAACCUCGAAAUGGAACUCUCCACCUCUGCCGCCAUCACGCGAUGUGUCGACUCUCUCAUCAACGUUCUGGGUCCUGACCUGCAAGAUUCGACUAAAUCGAGAGAGCUCAUCCUUAACCUAGUCAACCAACUCCAGGAAGAGGAUGACUUGCUGGUGCAGCGAGCCACUCUGAGUUGUUUUGAGCACCUGUCACUUUACGCACCUGGCUACAUGCACUUUGAGGAUUAUGUCAAGUUGCUCCAGAAGUACCUUAGAUCAGAGUAUCCCAUUUUGCGGGACAUUGCCGUCGAUGGCCUGUAUAACAUCAUGAAGAGAAAUCCCAACGAUGUGAUCAAUGCUGCCGAGAAGGGCUUUGAAGACCACCUGUGGUUGGUUCUGGACACUGCGCCAACACACGACGGCAUCAGGAACAUCCUGAGGAACUGGAUGCGACAGACCUGUCUGACUGAUACUGGACUGUGGCUUCAAAGAUUCCAGACUGUGCUCAAGAUGACUAGGGCCAAGGCCAAGGAAGAGUCCGAUGUCGGGACCAAAAAGUCUGGCGGGUUACCGGAUCUACAGGACGAAGAGGUGGCUGGCUUUGCAGGCACCGCCAAGGACGACCAAGACAACAAGGCCGGGGCCGAAGUCGAGCCUCUCCGAUGGCAAGUGACGACGUUCGCCAUCAGCUGCAUCAACGACAUGUUUGUCCUAAUUGCGAAGGACGUAAUGACGAACGGCGAGUCCGCCGCACAGGUGGCGCUCCAAAAUAGGAUUGGUGAUGUCGUCCGCAUGGCCUUCUCCGCGUCCACGUCUAGUGUCUUGGAGCUGCGCGUAUGGGGUCUCAAGAUCAUUGGGGCGGUCCUCAAGAUGUUUGGAAGGACACCUGACCCGGACUUUGACGAGGCCAUGCUUCUUGAGCAAUAUCAGGCUCAGAUUAGUUCCGCACUCACGCCCGCCUUUGCCGCGGACUCAUCCCCUGAGUUGGCCUCGGAAGCCGUCAACGUCUGCGCCGGCUUCAUCGCCACAGGCAUCGUUACAGAUGUUGACAGAAUGGGCCGUAUUCUCAAGACUCUGGUGUCCGCGCUUGAGACUUUCUCGAAGGAGAACGAAAACGCCGGCAUUGGCGAGCUGAAGGGUCUCAGCUCCAAUGCGCAGGUCAUGGUCAAAAUGUCCGUCUUCUCAGCCUGGGCAGAGCUACAAGUUGCCAGCUCGGAGCAAAAGUACCUGCUCGACGUGCUGAAGCCGCACAUUGGAACGUUGACGCCGCUGUGGCUUGAGUCGCUGCGAGAAUUUGCCCGCUUACGCUUCGAGCCCGAUAUCUCCAUGACACUCGGACCCCCUUCGCUGUCUGGCAGUCUUGACACCAUUUAUGCGGCCCUGAACAGAGAGACUCUACUCAAGUUCUACCAAGAAUCCUGGCUCAAGCUCGUUGACGCCAUUGCGAGCUUGAUCGAGCAAGACAGCGAGUUUGUGUUUGAUGCUCUGGACGGGAAGGAGUCUGAGGGGUUGAAUGCAAACGGCCAUACCAAGGGGCCCGACAUUAACUACCGCGACGAGCCUGUUGCGUUCUUCUUCGUGCUAUUUGGAAUCGCGUUCGAGGCCCUAGCUACGCGCCCUGGGCAAAGUGACUCGCUAGCCACUCAAGAGCAGAACCUGGCCAUUCUGCAGGCUCUCAAGAAGAUUCUCCACCCCAGCGUGUCCGGUCAUGCGAUUUACCGAGAGGCAAUCUUCUCGGAAACUAUGGAUCUCCUUGACAGACUGGUCUUGACGGAAGGCCUCGAUGUGCAGGGCGUCAUUGUAGAAAUCGCGAGGGCACUCUGCGUCUCUCAUCCUUCGGCACGCAAAAAAGACUCUGGCGACGACGGCGAUCUCUCGGACGACAUUGACCAGCUGUUCGAGCUCACACGCAUCAUAGUCCUGGUCCUCGCCGGGCUGCUACCCAACCUAACAGAGGCAAACCAGCCAGUCCGCCACCAAAUGACUGAGGAGGCCGUACUCCUCAUCCGCUCAUCCCUGAACGCCCUUGUCGAUGCUGCCGAGGUCUUCCCCUCCAUCAUUAAGACAGAUCUUCACGCCUGCAUCAUCCACAUCCUCGCCACCAUUCUUGCGACUCCCGGGUGUCAGGAGGUCAUCGUUCCGCAGUCCCUCCCGACCCUGAAGCGCUUCGUCGUGAGCAUGACGAAAUCCCGCAGGGCGAGUAGCGGCGAGGACGGCAGCGGCCUGUCGCCUACAGACGUUCAGCUGCAGGGUUGCCUCCGCCGGUUUCUUUCGAUUUACCUCAACGCACAGAAGCGAGAGGUGCCUACGUCCCUCACCUGCGUCAAGAACUGUUUGCUUGCGAGCACCAUACUUUUCACGGGCGGCAUGAAUCACCUGGCGGCGAACGAUGCUCUUGUGGCAAGAUACCUCGAUGAGGUGGUUGAUUGCCUGACAGAUCGCAUGACGGCCAAAAUUGCUGCAAAUUGCAUCAGGUCGCUGCUACUACAGGGCAACCCUACACCGGCAGACAACACCAUUGCGCGCUACCUCCUCCCGCGCCUCGUCGCAUUCGUCACCAACACGGCGCCAGAGGACCCGGAGAACGCCCGCUCCAUGAUUGCGCACUCGCUGAGCCAGUACGUCGGCGUGGUGCCCCGGGACCGCGUCCCCAUCGCCAUGGCCCUCGUCCUCCCCACCUGCCUCGCGCGUGCCUCCUCGGAGGGCGAAGACUGCUACAGGGACACCUCGGCAAGGCUGCUGGAGCUGGCGGCUAUUGAUCAGAACGCGUUCCGCACCGUCGUGGGGAGCAUGAGCGACGGGCAAAAGGCCUUCCUCGAGGAGGUAAUCCGAUGGGGACGGCAGCAGGGGCCCACGGAACAGACCGCGAGCGGGUCGACGGGCCAGCCAAGCAUCGCGUUGAAGAUGGACUUUGGAGGGUGA